CCAGUUGCGACCCGCUCUCUGCACCCCGUCCGCCGGCUCUCACCCCUCGGAGAGGCGCGCCCGACCGCAGAGUAUCAGCCGCCCGGCCACGCCUGCCUGCCCGCCAGCCAGCCACCAUGCUAGGUAGCAAGCGACUGGGGCUGUCCGGACUGACCCUCGCCCUCUCCCUGCUCGUGUGCCUGGGUGCGCUGGCCGAGGCGUACCCCUCCAAGCCGGACAACCCGGGCGAGGACGCGCCAGCCGAGGACAUGGCCAGAUACUACUCGGCGCUGCGACACUACAUCAACCUCAUUACCAGGCAGAGAUACGGAAAGCGAUCUAGCCCUGAGACACUGAUUUCAGACCUCUUGAUGAGAGAAAGCACAGAAAAUGUCCCCAGAACUAGGCUUGAAGACCCUUCCAUGUGGUGAUGGGAGAUGCAAGUUUCUCACCUGUCUUUUCCUAUUUUCAGCCCAUAUUUCAUCCUGUAAAACUAGAGUCCACCCGCCCUACCAAUGCAUGCAGCCAUUGUGCUGAAUUCUGCUGUGUUUUCCUUUGUCAUCAUUGUAUAUAUGUGUGUUUAAAUAAAGUACCAUGCAUUCAAACGUG